GAGGAAUUCACCUGGGAGGAGGUAACCUGAGGGUUUUGUUAAAGAAACACUGAAAAUGGAUUAACAUCAUGCUGUUGGUUUACAUUACAACUUCCUUUUCCAGGAAACUCUGGCUGGUAUCAUCCCUCGUACUCUUCACCAGAUCUUCGAGAAGCUGACCACGAAAGGCACAGAGUUCACUGUGAUGGUUUUCCUGCUGGAGAUUUAUAACGAAGAGCUGUUUGACCUGCUCAGUCCCUCGCCGGGUGUCACAGAGGGGCUGCAGCUGUUUGACGACCCCAGAAACAAGGGAGGUGUUAUCGUUCAGGGACUGGAGGAGAUAACAGUGCAUAACAAGAACGAGGUCUAUCAGGUCCCUGAGAUAGGAUCAGCCAAGAGGAAGACUGCAGCCACGCUGAUGGACGCAUCAUCCAGGAGAUUCUCAGUACACUAGAUUACUCUAACAGGGCGAAGAACAUCGUGAACAAGCCUGAAGUGAACCAGAAACCCACCAAGAGAACCCGUAUCGAGGCAAGUCUCAUUAUAAAAGUCUGCUUUGUGUGUUUACUCCAUAGAUAUUAAAUACAUUUAUGAUUUAAUCCAACAUGAAUGCUUUCAUUUUUAUUUUGGCAUA